AUGUCGCUUCUCGACAGUCAUCUGGAGCAGAUCGCGCUCUCGUCCCAAGCCAUUGCAGACCUCCCAUUCCCCCCACCUCGCAUCUUCACCAACGCUUUGCUCGGGUCCCAUGACAUUACGGCACUGAUUCGCGAUACAGAGGCUCAUGAGCGAGCUCUCUUCCAGACCGACCCCUCCGUGAAGUCCAAUCCUGCGCAGCGACGAAGCACGCGGCGUGGCACCACAUUGCCGUCGGAAGCGGAGGGGGAGUCCAUGGCCAGUCGCAUCUACUCGGCCAGAAAUAACAAAAACCAGUCGGCCGUUGCCAGGGUCCUCGGAUCUGACAUGAUGGAGGAGAUCAAGCGAUCGACCGGUACUUCCAGCCGGGGAACCCGUAACGAGGUCAACCUCGACGUGCUGCUUCGGGGGGCGGAGAUCCUCUGUGGUGUCUAUCCUGUUCCAGGGGCACAAGAAAAGAUUACCAGCCUCCGAUACCGUCAUGAAUUGAUAGCAGAGUCCAUUCUUCAAUUAGAAGAGCGUGUCGCCAAAAACUCGACUGAACUAGAGCAAAUGAGUCACUCAUACGGAAAUGAGUAUGAUGACUACGAUAUGGCCCCUGCUGCACAACCCGAGACGGCCGACGUCACUGACGCCGAUAUCGAGCGCGAGAUGGAAGAAAUCAGAGAACUGGAAAGGAGAAAAAGAGUCUUGGAGAAUCGUGUGCACGGAAUGGAACGCGACUUGGGAGAGCUGAUGGGGUAG